UCCUCCAUGCCUAUCGCAUUCACCUCCUUCCCAGCUAUUUGGAUUUGUAUUUGCACCUUCAAUCACCAGGGUUUCUCACACACAUAUACAUCCUCUUUCAGCUCCGACGGGGUUCUGUUGUCUGCUUCGAUUGCUUGACAUUAAGUACCUCCAGAUUCCCUCUGGCACGAACGCGUCUCCAGAGUCAUUUUCACCUUCGUCUUCACCUUCGUCUUCACCUUCGUCUUCACCUUCGUCUACUACUUCCGGCUGGGUUUUCUGUCUGCGGCCUGUGCGUUUUAUAACACCGUCACCCGACGAAGCCCUUCAACUCGUCUACAGGUAUGUCAUACUGCCAUCUCCUCCUCUUCUUCUCAAUGCUGUCUUUCUUCCUUUCCAUCUCCCAUUGAUCAUCCUUCGUGCCUAUCAUAUCUUCCAAGACGAUAUCUCUACGUUCCUCCUCAUCCCUCCCAAGCUCUUCCUCCUCGUUCGAGUGCCUCAUCGCGCUCUCCUCGUCGUCGUCCUCCUCCUCCUCCCUUCCGGCAUCACACCACUCUCGACCACCACCGACGUUGUAACCUGUCUUACUUAAGCCUGUCCUAACCUUGCCUAGCUUCUCGAGUCGCUGUCCGAAUCGCCAUUCCUUUCCUCGGGGUCUUCUUUUGUUCUCAUCUGGCUAGCGCUCGCCUAGCCCCCCCACCCCCCAGACCUUGAGAUUGGCACACCUGAAUCCUAAGCUUACCGACCCUCGGCGCUCUUCACGACGGUGAGCCACUCAACCUCCACUUACACCGCCCUGGCCACCUAUCCCAAACCAUCUUUGGGCCUGUUGUGCUCCUACUGACGCACCACCAACCGCAGAGGCAGCCUUUGUUACUACAUUUGCACUGGUACAGCGGCUCCGUCAAGCACGGUCGGAUCGACCCCAGCUUGGUUACUCACCCCCCGGCCGGAGCACCCAGAACACCACGCUAUGGCGCCCCAAAAAUUCGCCAGCAUGCGCUUGAAGUCCCGGCCUACGCUCGUGCCCUUCAAGGACGAAACUAGCCUCAUCGCCCUCCGCUAUGAAAAGACGGUCCAGGCAGAGCCUCCUAUCCCUAUUCUUACGCGGGCUUCCCCAAGAUCCUCCUCAGUCUCGACGCAUCGCACUUCCACUUCUGCAUCCUCUUCGCUUUCGAGUCCGCCCCCCAGCCCUGUCGUCGUGACCCCCCCUCCCACCAUUGAUCAACACCCUGCAUUCCGCUCCCGCACACCUGCCUGCAACACCACGGCCAACGACUGGAAGAGGGAUUCUGGGCUUGCAGCGACUUCAUCUUCCUCGGCCACCAUUGCCGAGGAGUGCGAGGACGGGGAGCACACAUACGAGAAGAUCGUUGCCCCGAAUCCAAACAUCGCAGUUGUACAACAAUCAGAGGAGCGUGUGAUACCUUUCGUCUGCGACAACGACUCCCUCAAUUCCGCCGCUGAGUGGUCUCUGAGCAAACAGCGGCAACCCGGUCGAUGCACGCCUUCAACCGGCAAACAGUCCGACAUCAUGGACCACCACCACGUCGCGCAGGUUGAAAUCGCCCAACGAAAGGCGCCUGACAGUUUAAGUAGCACUUUAUCCGUCGACUCCCCAGUUGCAUUGCGGAAUAAAAGGUUAAGCGACCUGUCACCUGCAGCAGCGCAAAUGAUCCCCCAACCGUCUGUCUCCUCUCUUACAACCUCCGACAACUCGCCUAACCUCUCCCCUGUCGACAUACCCGAUACUCUCGACCUCCUGAGCAAGGAUCCCGGCAACUUUUCCCCCAUCUCAAUUUCCAUCCCUACCGACAACCUCAUCGAUGAUGAUUUCCUGAAGACCUUGUCGUUCUCCAAUCGAGGCAGUCUCAUGUUUGGCGGCCGUCGUCCUUUCCCCACACAAACCACGGACGAAACAAUGGCGGACAAGUCACGUACGGACGAAGCCCACGCGCUGGGACCUGCCCCCGCUGAUGCCCCUGCAACAGCAGCCACCCCAAUCCUCCACAUUCAUUACGAGGAGCGGCCCCAGAGUACCGCCGCCAGCACCACAGACGCCUGCGCCAACGAUAUGAGCGCAACCCAGACACCCACGACUGAAGCGACCACGGCAGAGGCGACUGCUGACUCGGCGUCGCAAGCCGCCAUGACGACUCCCAGCAUUCGCGUCUUGUCAGAGGACGUGGAGUUGGAAUCUCGAAAGGUGAGAUCGCUCUAUGAAUCCGGCGAAGGUCUCCGAUGGGAAGACGGAGGCAGACCGUCGGAUGUUGGCGAUCGUCUCGAGGCGACCGUCGAGAUUCCGACGGAUGAUCUUGAGAACGAUCCCGUCGCCGAACUCCAGCCUCCCGCAUGGGGUACUCCAAGAUCUGGAAGUUCAUAUUCCCAAAGGCCCGAAACGCGAAGCGAGUAUGAGGUGGCGGGCGGUCUUGAAGACUGGGAAGAUGUCGAGGGACAAGACGUCGACCGAUAUGGCUUCAUCAACCCGCGUAAGCCAGAGUCGAGAGGCGGCACCCCAACGGAGCUCAAGUCGUCGCAAUACGCCCCCAGAAAAAAGAACGGACUGUCGAAACGGGAUGUUUUCGGGCUAGGGCUACCCUCUAGAGGACCCAGUAGGAAGGUGUCCGCUCGAUCCCUCAACACGCAAACCUCCAGGGCAUCCGCCGCAUCUCGCCGAUCGGCUCGGUCGGUAGUCAGGCAGGCGGGAAACCUGCUUCCUCAUAACCAGGAACGGCGUUGGAUGGACAUUGCCGGAGGUAUGCUUUCUCUGUCUUUAGGGGAUGAAGAAAGCGUAGAGAAGAUCUCCGAAGCCAUUAAGAAGAAAGAAUGGGAAAGGUCCGAGAAGUGGCGGAAAAUGGCUAGGGUCAUCAAAAAGGGAAAAGACGGCGAAGGCAUGGAGUUCGAGUUUGACGUCAAGAACCAGAAGCUCAUCGAUAGGACGUGGAAGGGCAUCCCCGACCGAUGGAGAGCGUCCGCCUGGUACUCGUUCAUGGCAACCCACGCCAGGUCCCACAAGGACUCUCCGUCCGAGGACUCCAUCAUCACCGACUUCCAUCGCCUCCAGUGUAGGGGAUCGCCAGAUGAUGUGCAGAUUGACCUCGACGUUCCUCGCACCAUCAGCAGACACGUUAUGUUUCGCAAGCGCUACAAGGGCGGUCAGCGUCUGCUGUUUCGGGUUCUGCACGCGCUCUCGCUCUACUUUCCAAACACAGGCUACGUCCAGGGCAUGGCUUCCCUGGCCGCGACACUGCUCUGCUACUUCGACGAGGAGAAAUGCUUUGUGAUGCUCGUCCGCAUGUGGCAAUUGCGAGGACUCGAGAAGCUUUACAGCCCUGGCUUUGAUGGACUGAUGGCGGCUCUCAACGAUAUGCAGACUAAGUGGCUGGACGGCAAGGACGUCGCGAAGAAACUGGCCGAGCUCUGCAUCGACCCUACCGCAUAUGGCACGCGAUGGUACUUGACGCUUUUCAACCUAUCCAUCCCUUUUGCCGCCCAGCUUCGCGUCUGGGACGUCUUUCUACUCCUCGGGGAGAACCCCUCUGAUUCUCCCAAGGUGUCCAGUUCGUCGACCACCAUGGACGGCAUCGAUAUUCUACAUGCUACUAGCACGGCUCUGAUUCAUGCACUGCGCGAGGUCCUUCUCGACUCGGACUUUGAGAACGCCAUGAAGGCGCUGACAUCCUGGAUCCCAGUGAAGGAUGAGGAUAUUUUGAUGAGGGUGACCCGGGCAGAAUGGAAGACCCGACAGAAGAAAAGGUUCUAGGGAGUUUUGCUUCUUGGAUCCCCUUGAAGGGCAAACAUGCUGUCCCUCCAUUUCUUUAGUUUGUUUCUGAUUUCCACUUUAUGGGUAUGCUUGCGAGGCGUUGAGGGAGUUGGUCGAGUUGAUCUCGGCAUACAUUGUCGACCAAUACCCCAGGAUUGAUUGCGGCUUUGGUCUUUUCAGAUGAGCGAGGUGUCUCUUAUGUACCUUCAUACGACUGGUAUGCCAAGGGGCCGUUCAUUGUGCGGUUCUAGUUGCGAAAAACAACUGAGGAGGAACUAGACCACGACAUGACUUUUCACAUACCCUUUACAUAACAACAGUAACCUAGAUGUGGUUCCUUGAAGCAUUAAUAUCAAUGUAUAAUGUAUCAUUCAAGCAACUUCAUUGCUGCAUUUCUACAACAUUUGCAUGUGUCUUACGCCACUGCGUUAAGUCAGUUCUCUUAAAAUGCAUUAUUCAGCUAUGUAAUACAGCCUUCACAAGGCAAGGCUGGAGACAUCUUUAUAAUACAUAGUAAGCAUAAUAAAACAAGCUUAAAGAUAAAGGUUAGCUUGUUCUGCUAGACCUUGCAAUAUCUAAACAACGUAUUAAGGUAAUACUAAGUAGGUUAAGCAAGGCCUCCCUUCCUCCCUCCCUCCUGCGUCUAAGCCUUGUUAAAAUACAAGAGUGAUUUCUUACAGAAGACAAAAAGGUCCAU